AUGGCGGACCGGCGGCGAAGGAGGAGGCGCGCGUCCCAGGACAGCGAGGACGACGACGAGUCCGGUUCGGGUUCGGACAGCGGGAGAUCGGGGUCACCGGCGACCAAGAGCCGGGGGAGGGAUCCCGACCCGGCGGAGGCGACAGUGGCCCGCCCCGAGGCGAAGAGCGACGUUGAGUCCGAGUGUGAGAGUGAAGAUGGAGUGGGAGAAGCUGUCCUCUCUGACUACGACAGUGCCGAUCCAGAGGAGAACGGUUCCCACUCAGAGGGAGUGGAGGAGGAAGAGGAGGCCGAGCAGUACAGCGACGAAGAAGCUCCGGCAGCAGCCGCCGAGCCCAAACCCCCUGCUGCCGACAGCCCAGCACAGGGAGGGGAGGGCGAGAGGGAGGAGGAGGCGGAGGGGGAGGGAGGAGGACAGAGUAAAGAGGAGAGCAAACCUGAGGAGAAAGGAAAUCUAGCAGGAGAGAGACAGAGCGGCGACGGCCAGGAGUCCACAGACGAUCCCGAGACGAAGGCGGGAGGAAAAGCCGGUCAGCAGCUCGACGAUGACGAGGACAGGAAAAACCCGGCCUACAUCCCCAGGAAGGGUCUGUUCUUCGAGCACGACGUCAGAGGACACGCUCAGGAGGAGGAGAGACCUAAAGGUCGAAACAGGAAGCUGUGGAAAGACGAGGGUCGCUGGGAGCACGACAAGUUCAGAGAGGAGGAGCAGGCGCCCAAGAGCCGCGAGGAGCUCAUCGCCAUCUACGGUUAUGACAUCCGAAACGGCGGUGGCCACGGAGACCGGCCGUACAGACAGCGCCGGCCCAGACAGAGUGUGUCUCCCAGCAGAGACAAGCGGUGGAGAGACGGAGGAGGAGAGCGACCGGUCCGAUCCUGGCAGAGCGGAGGAGGGGGAGGAGGUCUGAACCGAGGAGGAGCUCCUUCACCUUCAUCCGUCCAACCCUCUACAUCCCAUUCCUCUCUCCCUCUCUCCUCAGCUCAGCGCAGCAACAACCCCUCCAGACUGCCCCCCUCCCGCAGCAGAACAUCCCACCAGAAUCAAAUGCACCUCCCGCCUCAGUCCCACUACAGGAAUAACGAAUCAAACGCACCCCAGAUGCAUCCCAGAGAACGACAAGGCCCUAAAGCUCAGUUGGAGCCUGCAGGAGAGAGGGGUGUGGUCAGCAGGGGGGGGCGUAGCGGUGGGGGGAGGGGGGGUCCCUCUGUGGUAAUUGAGGACAUUACAGUCAGCCAUGGAGGCGUUGGGGAACAGGACCUGAGUGUAAGCGCUGUAACGACGGCGGCAUCGUCACAGCCGGGCGGUUACCAGUCUGCUUCACCGAGGCGACAGCAGCAGGAACAACGAGGAAGCGCAGACAGAUCUGGAUCAGCUGCUUCCUCCUCCACCUCUGACCCCUCCCUUCAGUCAUCAGCAGCAGCGACCAAUCGGGAAGCCUCUCCUCCCGCCGAGCGGCCAGUGGAGCGUAAAUCUUACUCACUGGCUCGCAGGACUCGCUCUCGGCCCGCAGACCUGGGCAGCAAACAGCCGUCCAUGGAAGAGUCUGCGGCCGGAGGGAACGCCUCCUCCCCCGGCAGUGUGGGAGGGAAGAGCUGGACGGGAGCAGGAGACGGGCCAAAUCAGGCUGCAGGAGGAGGAGGAGGAGCAGGAGGAGGAGGAGCAGGAGGACUGACGGAGCUGGACCAGGACGUGGCUCGACUCAGUCUGGCAGGACAGAGCUGGAGCCAGAGCCCGACGUCAUACAUGCGCUCUGAGAUGAGAGGCCUUCCCAACCCCAUGCACAUCCCCAGCGGCCCGCCUCAGUUCUCCAGCAUGGAGGAAAUGGGCGUCGCCUCCAAUCGGGCCAAACGCUACUCCUCCCAACGCCAGAGAGCCGUACCUGAGCCGGCACCGCCCAUGCACCUGGGUGUGAUGGAGGGACACUACUACGAACCCAUGUCGUACCAGGGACCAAUCUAUGCCCAUGGGGAUGGCCCCGCCCCCAUCCCACCGCAAGGCAUGCUGGUCCAGCCUGAGAUGCACAUCCCCCACCCCGGUCUCCACCCCCACCAAUCAGGCGGCCCGAUCGCUAACCCCGCCAUCUACGGAGGCCCACCUGUAUCUCUGCCACCGCCUUUCUACCCUCCGCCGGGCGUCAUGACCUUCCCUUAUCCUGCCAUGUACCCGAACCCACAGGGUCAGUCCCAGGUGACCUAUGGAGGCGUGACGUACUACGACACGGUGCAGCAGCAGGCUCAGCCCAAGCCUUCACCCCCCCGCCGCACAUCCCAGCCCGUCACCGUCAAGCCCCCCCCUCCAGAGGUGCCCUUUGCCUCAGAGUGACCCCGCCCCUCACCCCUCCCCGCCACCCAGUCUCGGCCCCACUCUGAUGGGAAAACUGCAGGAGCGGGUGGGAGGGUCGGUGAGGAGCUGCGGUCCCCAACAGGAGCCACCAACAGUAACGAGGGAGGGACGAACGGGUGGACGGACGGAGGCGAGGACGGACUCUGCAGGUGACCCACAGCAUCACUGGUGGAACUUUUCCUUUUUGCCCCUUUUUAGUUUUGACCCUGUAGCAGUCAGGCGGACCGGCUGUGUUGGAGACGUAUCAUAGUCAGACUGUUCUGUAACUCACAGGUUCGAUCCCGCCAACGUGUCUUCUAACAUUGAAGCUAAAGAUGUUUAAAAAAGAAAGAGGCUGCCUGUCGGACUGAUGAGUUCAGACCCUUUAGAGACACUGAAGCGUUUAACGUCUGGAGUCGGACGGACGAAGGCGAGACGCUGCAGCUGAUGUGCUGAGACGAAAAGAGAAAGUCUGGUUCAAGGUGUUUUUGUCUUUUCCUUUUCACGGUGAAACAGCCGGUGACAGGCAGUACAAGCUUUGAGUUUCUCUUUGUUAUCCAGUUAUUUUACUGUACGUCAGCUGUUUGCUGAAACAGGAAACAGAAGGUUCAUGUUUUCAUUUUCCACAUCCAUCGUAGUUAAACUGUUAAUACGAAAGGUUUAACAAUAAAACGAUAAUAAAAACAGAAGUCAACUAGAGAGAAAGUGGAGUUCAUUCCCAGUUCGAGGAUCAGUGCGAGUGCAGCUCGGUGUCAUGGUAACUCGUCCACAGCUGGUUGGCCUCUACACGUUGUCACAGACGGUUCUUACACCUCAACAUUGAAGAGGGUCAAGGCCACAUCUGAUUUCUUUUUUUUUUUUUUUUUCUAACUUUAAACUGAAUUUUCAUUUUUUCCAAAUAAACGUUUCACAUGUGGCAGAAAUCCUCUUCUGCACCUGAAGCUCUGCUGUUGUUUUAGCUUUUCUGCUCUCACGACGUUACGUCAUUCAUCUAUAAUCAGUUUAACAACAUUUCAUAAAUGGUUCAUAACAGAUUGUAAUGUUGUUAUAAUUUGAUCCAAGUGUUAAUCAGUUUGUCAGCAGCUCUGUCUCCUGUGGACUCAUCAGUGGAGGCUGAUGAUGAAUGACAAUAUAGUAAAACACAGCUGUUGUAAUAUAAAAUACACUUUGACAGGAGGAGUUAAAUACUUCAAAAUGUCCUUCAAACAACUGCGUUAUUUAAAACAUAAAACUUUUAAAACGAUUAUUUUCCAUAUCUGUUCAUUAAGAUUAUAUUCUGGAUUUAUUUCCUGUGGGUCAAGAUAAUGUGAGUGAAAUUUUCAGUUUAUUCUCACAUGAGAAUAAACAGUGCCGUCUUGUCAUCCCUCAUCACAGGUGUCAUGUAAAUUUCAUAUUCUCAUUUGAAAAUUACCAACAAGGUAAAACUGUCCCAGGUUUUCAAAUUAAAAGCUAAAAGUUAGAGAUAAGAUUUGAAGUUUGUAGCAGAAACUGCAGCUAAAGGCAGAAAGUUCAAAUGUUUUGUUUGUCAAACCUGAAGAUGUUCAGGUGACAUGGUUAAAAAAAGAAGACUCGGAUCCACAUUUGGUUUUAACAGAAAAUUGACUUAAAACUGAUCCAACCUCGUGGUUACUGUCAUUUCUGCCUCAGUAACUAUGGAAACAAAACCCAGGGGCCAGGUGCACAAAACACCUUAAGUUUGACACUUAUGGUUUAAUUUCUCCUUAGCUGAGGGGCUUACUAAAGAGUGUUGCACAGAAUAACUUAACUUUCUUUUCUUAACUAACUUAAACCUUUAAAGAAAUUUGCAGCAGUGAAAGAGACUUUACUGUUUCCAUGGAGACAGUUUGUUUGCUGACAUUAGCUCAUACCUGUUUUGGGAAUCAGGGAACGCUGUCUCGUCCUCCGGUUGUUUUGCCGUUGUUCAGCUGAAGAUCAGAGCGUUUAAACCCGACACACCGCUGAACUGACUGGAGCUACAACUGACCACAAAGAUCAUGUGACAUAAAACCGUAGAGCUCUUUAAGCUGAGGAAAGUGGAGUGAUCAGCUGAAACCUGUGAUGUAAAAUCAGUUGCUCAUCGUUAAGGGUCCGUUUCGUUCUCCCACUCUUCUCAGGACGUUUUCAUUUUCUUCAUCGUCACAUUAAACUCAGACGUGUUGCAGUUAAGUUUAGUUCCUUACUUUGUCUCCAAGGUCUUUUAUUCUAAGGAAACCUUAACUCAGUCUUUAAGGAAAAUCUUAAGGUGUUUUGUGCAACCGGCCCCAUUCAUUUUUCACAUUACACCCGGACACGUCGCAGUUAAGUUUUUUUAUGUUUUAUUUUAAGGAUAAGAGCAAGAUAAGGAGAAAAACCUCAAAUGUUUAAGUGAACAUUUUAUGGAAACCUUAAGGAAAAGACUUUUUGUGCAACUGGCUGAGAUCAGCUGACAAAGUAAAACCUGGACAUUUUAUUGUGCAGAAUAAGAGAGUGAGAGACGACCUGCACAGGUUCUCACAGCUGUUUACUGUCGAGGUAAAUCAGACCUCCAGGUUCAUAAUCAGUGUCAACACAGGUGGAGCUGAAAGGUCUCUCACUAAUCAGUCUCCUGUUUGUGUUUCUGAGCAUCAGCCUGACGCCUGCAGACGGCUGUUAGCUAGUGUUAGCGUUAGCGUUAGCAGACACAGCGAACACCAGGUGAACAUUGUACACAACGAACAAAUACAAAACCGCCUGACACACGAUGCUGCCGCACUUUGGACUGUUUCCUUUUUUUUUCUUUGUAUGUGGUGAGAUGCUGCCAUGGUAACAGACACUGUUAAAGUGACGUACACAUGGAAAAUCAGCGGAGUAGCCCUUUAAAACUCAGUUUCUCUGAACAGUGUUUUAUUUCCUGAUUUCUUUUCCCUCCUGAUGAACAGAAAGUUUGAUUAUUGACACAAACGUUGCACAAAAAGCCAGAAGCUGC